AUGUUUUUUGUUUGUUCCAUUCAGAUGAAAAGCCAUACCACUGCAGUUUUUCUGAAGAGGAAACCCCCAUGGUAACAUCUCAGUUGGAGGAAACUACGAAGCUGGGAAGCCACAAUGCCAGAGAAAAUGAAGCCAGUGAAUCUAAACCAGAGAUUCCAGCGUUGGUGUCCGCAGUGGAGAGUGUCAUCAAGGAGCCCUUUUCGAAAUACCAGGAUCUGAAAGGUUCUGCAGAUACAAAGAUGCCAGCAUUUCACCACAGCCAAGCGCUUCCUUGCUCCAGUCACUUUGCUGGCUUUGUUUCAGGUGUGGGCCAGACAUCUUCAAACAUGGUCAUGGACUUGAAAACAUCACUUGAAAUGCAAGCUAGUCACUCCAGAGAAAAUUUGCUAGACUUACACAGGGAGCAUCCUCUGAUAGAAAAAGGUGCUGAAGCUGAAGAGGCAGCUCCACUUGAUUUGAGUGAAAAAUCAACGAGGGAUAAUUCAUGCAAUAAAAAUUUGAAUAUAUCCUUGCAGGCUGCUUUAAUUAUCUACCCAUGUCCUUUCUGCAGUCACAAGACCUACUACCCUGAGGUCCUGUGGAUGCACAAAAGAAUUUUGCACAAAAUCAGCUGUAACUCAAUGGUACCCCCUUGGGUUCAACAGAAUGGAUUCAAGAGUAUUAAAAACAACCUGGUUUUCCUGGCAAGGAGUGGGCGUACUGGUCCCCCUCCUGUUCUUGGUGGUAAGGAAUGCCAGCCUUUGCCCGUUGCCAGAUUUACACGUACUCAAGUGCCAAGUGCAUUACCAGGCUCCAAAAACAGUUCUCUUCCUGUUGGGAUGACUGCUAAGUCUGGGAGUAUGCAUCAAUCAAAGGACAGUCAUGCAUUUGGCCAGUGUGGUCCCUGCUUAUCAAGUCUGGAUGGGUACAGACAGCCCAAAGUAAACCAUUCACAGGAGCAAUACAGCACAGCAGCACAACAGCCUCCGCUGAAAAAUAAAUAUGAAGCAAAUUCCAAACUUAUGCAAAUAGGAACCUAUAGUGGAAGCAUAACGCCUGCUCAGACAGUCAUAUCCAGGCCUAACAUGCAGCCUAGCAACAGUAAACAAGUGGAAAAGUACGUGGUUCCCCAGGGAAGUUCUGGUUUUCUCCCUUCAGGUAAGCACUGUGCAUCUGAUUCCGUGAAGGCCAAAUACAACCCACCGCUGCAGUAUCAUCCCCUUUGCAAAAGUGAGCAGUACACUAAACAUGAAGAGCCAUCGGUGCCUCAGAGGGAGUCUCACAUAAAGGCUGGGAAUGAGAUGAGGACAUUGGCAAACUGCACAGCAGUGACACGUGCAAGUCCACUGAUGCAGCCCCAGCCUGGUGCAGCAGGAGUCUCCUCGGUUUUACACUCCAACAAACAGGAUCUGGGAUCAGAUGGGCAUGAGAAACGUUUGGACAUUUUAAAUAUCUUUAAAACAUACAUUCCAAAGGACCUUGCUUCGUUGUACCAAACCUGCGGUGCCAACAGCCCAGUCUUGGAUCACGCAGGGAUGCUUAGGACACAAACACUCCAAGGAGACUGCGUCUGCAGGGAAUGUGGAAAAUGCUUUAACCAACCCAGUCACCUCAGAACUCAUCAGAGGUCCCACACAGUGGUGUUUGAGUCUAAUGGACUCCGAGGUACUGAAGUUCACACCACCUCCACAGAUGCCCCAAAACAAGGCAGAGACCACACUGGCGCCGACGUUGCCCACACGCUGCCUGUCCACAAGGGCACCUAGAGACUCAACCCGGGAGCCCCCCGCAGCCCCCGCCCCGCCGGCAUCCUGGCGUCCCUGCAGAGCACGGAUCAUCGCCUUGGCCGGCAGCGCUGCGCGGCAUUGAGAGCGGCACCGCGCUCUGCUAGCAGGGGGUGCCGCCGCGCCGCUCGUCGUUGGGAAAUAAAUGAAGAUGCUACACGAGAUAUAUAUAAAUUGACGUACUAAUCAGUCCCAUGGUUCCUUAUUUCCUUUAUAAUAAACAGUGGAGUUGGCAAGCGCCGUGGCAGCACAAGGCAUCUAUAUUAAUCAAGAGAAGUUUGAGACACUGGAAAAAUUAAACUUUAUGUGAUUUGGACAGCAUGAAGAAGUUAAGCACUGUAACAAAAACCUCCCCGAUGCUCACAGUGACUAUUUGAUACAUUUGAAAAACAGCAGUGGAUUCGAGGGCUGGAGAAGUAUUAAUUAAUGAAACUGCCACUGCCUGUCAUGCUGAAAAGCAAAUUAAAAAAAAGAGAGAGAGAGGAAGAAGGGGGGUGUGGGAAGAAGGUGGCAUUCGGUGCUGAGAAAGCAAUGCUUGAUGAAGGAUUAAAGGGACUAAAGAGAAAGACCGUCACUCUGCAAUGGUUUGUUUCAUUACAGUUUGGGGACCACUUGCAUUUCUAGUGCUCUUGUUCUUGACUGCGCACCAUUAAUAGUAUGUGAAUAUGGAAAUGGAAACACUUCCACAGAAAAGCUUCUAUUCUGUUUGGGAAAAGAAAAGCUCGUUGAACACUAAGAAAAACAGGCUUCUGUGUUUUACUCUCAGGACCUUUUUUUGUAACAGGGCUACUUUCUUCAACCUGAUCACAAAGGAAGUCUUCACGAUUCAAACAAUUAAAUAAAUAGACCUGCUCAGCUGUCUAACGCCACCCAUCCAUAUGUUGCUAGUGGAGAAGGCGUCACGGAGUGCCUCAGCCCGAAGCUGUUCUGCUCCUCUCUGGGCCCGGCCACACUCUGAGAAGAUGAGGUCCUUCUGUUGUGGUGGCAGGUUAAUGUUCAUAUGAUGUGUCAUGUCUUGUACGCAGUGAUCACUGGUGGUGUUACGAGGGGGAAAAAG